AGAUAGUCAUGUGUUUAGCUUUGUUUAGUUUUCUUAUAGUCUUUGGUUUUGGCUUUUUAGGUCAACAUCAAGCAAACGCUGACUGCGAUGCAGCAACCUCCGAUCUUUGGAAGGACGAUACAGAUUCGGAUGAAGGCAGUUGCCCCUCGUUAAAGAAUGUGGUUGAUGAAACCUUGGCUCCUGAUUUAGAUGAUCAAUUUGUAAAGGAUACUCAUAUAGAUGAGGAGAAAAAGUUCGAGACAAAAACGGAAGUUCGUCACUCUGUGGCUGAAAGCAUAAUGUUGGUUCUAAAAUUUCUGUGGCAGGCUAUGAAUUGGUGGUUCAAUUGGAAAUAAUAAAAGCGAUAAGGCAUAUCAGUCAAGAGAGCCAAAUUGAA